AUGAUAUUGAGUGCGCCGGCAGUUAACCGCCGGGCCACGGCGAGCCCCCCACAAGACCCGGUGCAGUGCUCGUCUGGUGAUGGCAAAGCUGACUGCACGGUCUCAAGCGCGUACGGCCUGUUCCCAGACCGGUCGACGUGCCGCGCCCGCGCCGUGGUGUACCCUUCCACUGAGGAAGAGCUGGUGCGCGCGGUGGCGAACGCCACGGCCACCAAGACCAAGAUGAAGGUCACCACCAGGUACUCCCAUAGCAUGCCGAAGCUUGCAUGCCCCGGCGCCGGCGACGGCCGGGGCCUCGCCAUCAUCACCAGGUGGCUAAACCGCGUCGUGGGCGUGGAGGCGACGCGGAUGGAGAUGACGGUGGAGAGCGGAAUCACACUGCGGGAGCUCAUCGCGGCGGCUGCCGACGCCGGGCUCGCGCUGCCCUACACGACGGUCGGCGGCAUCCUCGGCACCGCGCAUGGCAGCUCGCUCUGGGGGAAAGGCAGCGCCAUCCACGAGUACGUCGUCCGGAUACGCAUUAUCACGCCCGCUCCGGCCGCCGACGGGUACGCCACGGUGCGAGUGCUCACGUCCGCCGACCCGGAGAUGGACGCCGCGAAGGUCUCGCUCGGCGUCCUUGGUGUCAUCUCGCAGUCCUUGACUUUGCAUGAACCUGAAUGA